GCCCCACUCCGCCCGGGAAGAUGGCGGCGCCCUUAGCGCAGCAGCUGGAGGAGCUGCUGAACCCCCGGCCCGACCUGCGCGACCCCGAGGACGACGCGGAGGAAGCCACAGUUGCUAAAGUGAUUGACAGGUUUGAGGAUGAGACUGCAGACGACGUUUUACCUGUUGGUAAUAUACGGAAAAAGGCUUCGGUCUCCCUCUUAGAAGCUGACCAAAGGUACAGUGGCAAAGCGACGUCUCGCAAAGCCCUGCAGGAAGAGCUGUGGGGAGAUGCUCUGUCUGAGGAGGGAUCUGCUGAAGAAGCCUUGGAUGAGUGGUAUAGUGGCAGUGAAGAUUCAGAAGACAAUGGCAGCUCGGGCAGUAAAACAGAGGAGCAGCCCAGCAGUGCUGGCAGUGACCAGGAGGACAACCUGGAAGAUGAUGAAGAGAGAGAUUCCUCUGCCAAAGCACCAAAGUUCAGUUUCCAGAAUAUCACAGACUUUGAGAAAUUUGCAGAGGGGAUGGAUGACGUUGGGAGCAGUGAUGGAGAAGAUGAAGAUGAUGCCAGCAUAGAAGAAGGAAGCGAUGAUGAGAAAUACGAGGGGGAGAACCAUGACCACGUAAAAGACACCAAUGACAACGAGGAUGAUGGGGGAGUGAUGACAUUCUCAAAAGGACAAACGAGUGAUGAAGUGGAAAAAGGAAAAGCGGUGAAGAAUCAGCUCGCGCUGUGGGAUCAGAUCUUGGAAGGCAGAAUCAAGAUGCAGAAGGCACUCGUGAUCGUCAACCGGCUUCCUCAGCCAGAUACCUUUCCCCUCUUCAGAAAGGAAGGUGGACAGGAAUUCGACAGUGCUGUGGAGAGCUGUUGUAAAGCCGUAGACACGUUGCUGAGAGUACUGGUGGACAUUCAGGAUGAGCUGCUUUAUCAGUGCCCCGGCACGAGGCACCUGGUAGAUGGAAAACAAUCAAAACCUGAGAGUGAUGAUGAAAUCCCCAGCAGCAGCGAUGAGGAGCGAGCGGGUGAAGCUCAGGAGAAGAGAAAGCGCCCUCCCAAACGAAAGCUGAAGGCGGAGGACAUCCCGGAGUUCAUAGCCAAGAGGUAUUCCGACUACAGGACGUACCGGAACCACAUCUUGCAGAAAUGGCACGAGAAGACAAAGCUGGCAUCUGGCAAAAUGGCCAAGGGUUUCGGUGCCUUUGAGCGUUCAAUCUUGACUCAGAUUGAUCAUAUUUUGAUGGACAAAGAGAGAUUACUACGGCGGACACAGACCAAGCGCUCAGUGUACAGAGUGCUGGGGAAGGAGGAGCAGGAUUCCCAUCCAGUCCCUGAACAUCUGCCUGAAAAUUCGGAAGUCCUCCCUCAGGCAGAUUCCAACAGGCACCUGAAGGACAUAGAUGAGGAAAUAUUUGAUGAUGAUGACUUUUAUCACCAGCUCCUUCGAGAACUGAUAGAGCGUAAAACCACUUCGUUGGACCCCAACGAUCAGGUCGCCAUGGGCAGGCAGUGGCUGGCCAUCCAGAAGCUACGAAGCAAAAUAAAGAAGAAAGUGGACAGAAAAGCCAGUAAAGGAAGGAAAAUCAGGUAUCAUGUCCAUAGCAAGCUGGUGAGCUUCAUGGCACCUAUUGACCACUGUACGAUGAAUGAUGAUGCCAGGACAGAACUUUACCGCUCACUGUUUGGAAGAAUGAUGCAGUCUGAAGGCCCUGAACGUGGUUGGCAUCCGGGACCGCCCGCACCUGCAGGUUCUGCCCCAUACACCUUAUAGCUGCCUGGCCUGCUCAGCACAGGCCAACCAUGGUGCAGGGGAGGGAUGUGCUGUCCCUGCACUCCUGUUGAGGCCUCAGAGAUUUUUAUUUUGGAGGUUGGGGGGAUUUCUAUCGUAUUUUCUUACUAUUUUUUGACACGUGCUGUUCGGUUCGUUGGCUGCGGAUCUGGAUGGGGUGACUCGAUUUGCACUGAGUCGAGAGGGUUUAAAUGUCGUUUACAUAAUUAACGUGGCCUUAAGUCAGAGAAAAGGUGCUCUCCUUUGCAGCAGCCCCACCUCCCGGUUCACAUUCCAGCUUCUGAACAGCCUCACUGCAGCCACGGACAUCACCCAGCUCGGGGUGGGCGCAGCGUGGGGACACAUCUGGGAACACAUUGGAGAAUUUUUCAGUCCAGUAUUGAUUGUGUACACUUAAUUACUUCUGCUGACCGUGACUGUGAGCCCUCUUGUCUUCACUGUCCCCGUGACACACUUCUGAAAGAUGGCAGCACUAAUGCAGAGCUGCCAGAGGGCAUCGCGUGGGGUUUGUGGGGUUUCUGCAGCCAAAGGCCACAGUUUGGAAAUGAAACCCUCGUAAGGGGAUCUACCAGCCUGCUGUGAUCAAUCUGAACCCGAGGUUAUCUUGCGUAAAUAAUAUGUGUGUAUAUAUGUAUAAUGAGAUGGCCGUUGCUUGUGACCACGGGAACUGCACUGUCUUUGUUUUGUGGGAUUUAAUUAAAACGCUUUGUAAAC